AUGAUUGCCUUUCUAAAGGAGAAAAAUUCGAUUUUCCUUCAUGAAAUUGACGAGGGAGAGAAACACCAGGGAGAUCUUGUCCUCAUGUAUGAGGCCGCAUUAAUCCGGAGAGAAAAUGAAGUAGACAAACUAAAGGCCGAACUCGCAGCAGCUGAAGACAAAAAGUGUGAGCGGAACCGAAAAAAACUGCAGGAACUUGAGAUUAAAGCAUCGGUCAAUGAAAUUUAUUGCAGUUACUUGGAAGGAAAAGUCAGGGCCCAUGAAGCGGAAAGGAACAAAUUGAAACAGGAGAACACACAACUGAAGGACGAGUUGCGAACCUCCCAGAAGAAGACUCAGAAGAAGGUCCACAUUCUGGAAGAUCGAGUUCAGCAGCUUCAACGCGAAAAUGGAAAUAUGAAGGAGAAAUUAGCCGAGAGAGAGCGGGAGCUAGCCUCGGUGAAUAAUUUAAGAACAAAUGAAAAGAAUAAAACUAAUGCUCUGGCUGAAGAGAAUAAAGUUCUCAAAGACAGGAUCGCUAAAUUAGUAGAUCAAAAUGGAAUCCGCCAGAGCAAGCUAGCUGGAAGGAAAAGACUAGACACUGAUCUAAAGCAAGUAAAAGGAAAGCUGGAAGUGGCGGAAGAUCGAGUUCAGCAGCUUCAACGCGAAAAUGGAAACAUGAAGGAGAAAUUAGCCGAGAGAGAGCGGGAGCUGGCCUCGAGCGAGCUAGAUGGAAGGAAAGGACUAGAGACUGAGUUGAACCAAGUAAAAGGAAAGCUGAAGGAGGCGGAAGAUACCUUGAGUCAGGUACAAGAGCGACUCAAAGAGGCUGAAGAAAAAAGUACACAGGUAGAAGUUCAUCGGCGAAAAGUACUGGAGGCAGAAGCAGAUCGCUGUAUUGAGAUGGAAGAUUUUUCAACAGCAAUAAUUGUCCUAGGAAUUAUAACAAGGGACUAUGAAAAUGUGUUGGAUUGUCAUGUAAAGGCGGUGAGAUGCCAGAUAGCUCAAGGAAACGCGGAAAAGGCCCAAGAAAUGCUGGAUAGUUUGCCUGCUGAGUAUCAAGAUGAAUCUGAUGUUCUGGUGGAGUCUGCCAUACUUUGUGCCUUUAAUUAUGAGGUAGAUAAAGCUGGCAUGAUUUUGACUCAGAUUCUAGACCGAUGCCCUAACCACGAAAAGGCACUCAAGGGAAAAGAGUUUCUGGAGAUUCGGACGAUAUGGGAUUCUAUUCCAUUGAUGAUAGACGAAAGUGAAUUCGAUGUUGUCUUGGAAAGGAUUACACACGCCCAGUCUCUGGAAUCCUUUUUCCCGCAGAUGCGUGCUGACUUGGCCAGAAUGAAAGGGAACGUCUUCUGUAAGCUUCGACGGCUGCAAGAAGCAUGCGACUGUUUCCGCAAUGUACUGGAUAUCAAAGAUCAAGAGGACUGUAGGUUAAGACUGGCAUUGUGUCUCUUGCUGCUGGGCAGACACGGUGAAGCUACGGUCCAUCUUGUGGAAAUAGCUGAAGAUCCAGUAGAUGUCGACGCUUUGAUCGAAGCUGCCGUAACCCUGGAAAGAAUGGAACGUCAUGGCUGCCCUUACGACAUCCUAGGCGUUCCAGAGGAUUGUAAUUUGAAGGAAAUAGAAAGGGCCUACAGGAAGCUGGCCCUCAAGAGCCACCCUGAUAAGUUCCGGGGGUCUCAGGCAGAGAGAGAACACAUGAAUGAAAUCAAGCAAAAGAUCAACUACGCUAACGACAUCCUACGUGACGCUGAUGAAAGAGAGGAAUACGACACUCUCAGGAACUUCGUCAAGGACGUCGCGGAUAAAGUGUUCGAAGAUCCCACGUUUUCGUAUGAAUGUGAUAAUGAAGAAGAAGACGAGUUCGAACUGUUUGAGGAAGAGGAAGGAUGGGAUGAAGAUUAUGAAAAGGAAGAAUGGGAUGAAGAAGAAGAAGAGUAUAAAGAGGAGGAAUGGGAUGAAGAGGAGGAAGAGCAAGAAGAGAAAGAAUUGGACGAAGAGGAUAAAAUGGACGAAGAAGAACAAUGGAAUGAAGAGGAAGAAUGGGAUGAACAGGAAGAAGAGUAUGAAGAGGAAGAAUGCGAUGAACAGGAAGAAGAGUCUGAAGAGGAAGAAUGGGAUGUAGAGGAAGAAGAGUCUGAAGAGGAAGAAUGGGAUGAACAGGAAGAAGAGUCUGGAGAGGAAGACUGGGAUGAAGAAAUUGAAGAGUAA